CGUCCCGUUUCAGCUCCUUCACAAUGCUGUGGAGAGGGUGAAUGGGUGAGGUGGAGGUGGUGGGGUGGGCAUUUAAGAGAGCAGUAGGUGGGAGUGGAGUCUGACCGCAGAGGGUCUACUGUUUAAGAGAAAGGGAAUUCUCUCUUUCACUCACUCACUCUCUCCCUCCCUUACCCUGCCUCUCUCUUUCUCGCUCUCUCUCCUCACUGGCUGCUCAACAUCAGCCAGCUCUCUAGGUAGACUCGAGUAAACACUCAAAGAGAACAGAGAGAAGAGGGAAGAUGACAGAGCUGUCAGUGCUCUGAGAGAUACAGACCGGUGAGAACAUUUGUCAGGGCUAGCUGAUAAGGCUCUCUUCAAGACUGCUUAGACUGCUCAUCGGUGGAGAGGCUGCAAGCAUUCUCUUCAAGGAAUCAGGACAGGAAUACUGACUAGACUCAUAAGCUGCAGUAAUAGGGUGUCAUCAUGGGAAUGAGAAGUUUCCUUUUGGGCUGCUUAACUGUGGCCCUCAUCCUCCAGCUCACAACUGCUGGUCUUGUCAGGAAGGUCAUCCGCCACCGCAGAGAGGCCCUGAUGCCAAAGAAAACCCAGGAGAACCUCACCCUGCCCCACCCUGACCAGCCGGUAGUGUUCAAUCAUGUCUACAACAUCAACGUCCCCUCCACGUCACUCUGUGCCGUGGACCUUGACUCACCAGGAGGCACCGAGCUCAAGCACAAGAGCACCCCGAUGGAGAUGCAGAAUGCCGAGCACAUGGAGCACACCAUGGAUGGUGACAAUCAGAUCGUUUUCACCCACCGCAUCAAUAUCCCCAAGCAGGCAUGUGGCUGUGACAACCAGCUGCCAGACAUCAAAGCUAUUCUGAGCAGGCUGGAGAUGCUGGAGUCAGAGCUGUCUAGUCUGAGGGAGCAGUGCAGUAGUGGAGCAGGCUGCUGUGGAGCUCAAGUUACAGGUGAAGUGUCCUCAAAGCCCUACUGUAAUGGGCGUGGGAACUGGAGUACUGAUACCUGUAGCUGUGUUUGUGAGCCUGGAUGGAAGGGCCCGAACUGCACUGAACUCGAGUGUCCGGGCGACUGCCAGGACCAAGGCCGCUGUGUAGAUGGCAAAUGUGAAUGCUUUGAGGGCUUUGGUGGGGAUGACUGCGGUAUUGAGCUCUGCCUGCUGGACUGUGGUGACUAUGGUCACUGUGUUGAUGGGUCCUGCCUCUGCGAAGACGGCUUUAUCGGUGAAGACUGUUCUCAGACCAACUGUCUCAACAACUGCCUGGGCCGCGGACGCUGUGUGGAUGAUGAAUGCGUGUGCGACCAUCCAUGGACGGGUUUCGACUGCUCCGAACUCAUCUGUCCAAACGACUGUUACGACAGAGGACGCUGCAUCAAUGGUACUUGCUAUUGUGAAGAGGGCUACUCUGGAGAUGACUGCAGUGAGCUCACUUGUCCCAGCAACUGUAACGACCGUGGGAUGUGUGUGAAUGGUCAGUGUUUGUGUCAAACUGGCUACACUGGAGAGGACUGCUCCAAGCUCACCUGCCCCAAAGACUGCAAUGAGAAAGGCCACUGCUUCAACGGGAAGUGCAUCUGUGAUCCGGGAUUUGAGGGUGAAGAUUGCUCCGUCCUCUCGUGUCCUGACAACUGCAGCAACAGGGGCCAGUGCAUUAAUGGAGAAUGUGUAUGUGACCUAGGAUAUCAAGGUGAAGAUUGCAGUGAACUGUCCUGCCCCAACAAUUGUCACGACCGGGGCCACUGUGUUAACGGGCAGUGUGUAUGCGAGAAAGGCUACGCUGGAGAGGACUGUAGCAUCAAGACCUGUCCCAAAGAUUGCAUGGGACGUGGAGAGUGUGUGGACGGCAAGUGUGUGUGUUUCAGUGGCUUUACGGGGAAAGAGUGUGGUGAGCUGACCUGCCCCAAUAACUGCUUGGAUCGUGGUCACUGUGUAAACGGACAGUGUGUUUGCCAUAAGGGUUUCACUGGUGAGGACUGCAGUGAGAAGACGUGUCCCAAGAACUGCCUAGACAGAGGCUACUGCGUAGAUGGCAGCUGUGUGUGUUAUGAGGGAUUCACUGGUCCGGACUGCUCCAUAUUAACCUGCCCAGGAGACUGCCAUAACCAGGGACGCUGUGAGAAUGGAGAGUGUGUGUGUGAUGAAGGAUUCAUUGGAGAGGACUGCUCAGAGGUGUCACCACCCAAGGACCUAACAGUAGUGGAGAUCAACCCAGAGACAGUAGACCUAUCCUGGGAAAAUGAAAUGCGUGUGACAGAAUACCUGAUCACCUAUGUGCCCACGGCCCAUGGAGGUCUGGAGUUGGACAUGAGGGUGCCUGGGGACCAGAAGAUGGCCACUAUUAGGGAGCUUGAACCUGGAGUGGAAUACCUGAUCAGUGUGUAUGCUGUGCUCAGCAAUAAGAGGAGUGUUCCUGUCAGUGCUAGGGUGGCGACACAUCUUCCUGAGCCUGAAGGUCUCAAGUUUAAGUCAGUGCGGGAUACUUCAGUGGAGGUGCAGUGGGAUCCGUUGGACAUUGCCUUUGAUGGGUGGAACCUCAUCUUCAGAAACACGAAAGAGGAAGACGGUGAGAUUCUGAACUCCCUAGGCCGACCAGAGACCACCUUUGAGCAGUCGGGCCUGGGUCCAGGCCAGGAGUACGAGGUCAAACUGGAGGUGGUGAAGAACAACAAGCGUGGACCGCCUGCCUCCAAGAAUGUCGUCACAAUGAUCGAUGCCCCCAGCCAGGUGAAUGUGCGUGAUGUGACCGACACCACUGCGCUGGUGACCUGGUUCCAGCCUGUGGCUGAGGUGGACGGGGUCAGUAUCUCCUACGGGCCCAGCUUGAAAUCCGCUGAUCGCACUGUGGUGGAGCUGACCUCUACUGACACCCAGUACCACCUGGGAGACCUCCACCCUGACACAGAGUAUGAGGUGUCUCUGACAGCUCGAAGGGGAGAACGGACCAGCAAUCCUAUCUAUGAAUCCUUCCUCACAGACCUGGAUGCCCCCAGAGACCUGCAGACAGUGGAGCUGACAGAUGAGAGCAUCACUCUUGAGUGGAAGAACAGCCGUGCUCAGGUAGACAACUACCGCAUCAAGUAUGGACCUCUGUCUGGUGGAGAGCAUGAAGAGCUGCUGUUCCCCCCAGGACCUAAGGACUUCACCCAGGCCAAGAUCACUGGCCUGAGACCCGGCACAGAGUACGGGAUGGGUGUGACGGCAGUGAAAGAUGAGAGGGAGAGUCUGCCCACAACUGCCAACGCCGUGACUGCACUGGAUGCUCCCAAGGACCUAACUGUAACAGAGAUGACUGAGACCACUAUGAUCCUGGAGUGGAGGCGUCCCUUUGCCAAACUGGACUUCUACAGACUGGUUUACGUCUCUGCUGAUGGUCACAGGGCUGAAGAAGUGAUCCCAGGGACCUCUGAAGCUCACACCCUGAGGGGCCUGACACCUGGCAUGCUGUAUACCAUCAGCAUCAGUGCAGAGAGGGGCCGCAGAAGCAGCGUACCCGCCACCAUCUCAGCACCCACAGAGAAGGAGAAGCCCGUGGUGACCAACGUCACUGCCAGCGACGUAUCGUGGGACAGCUUCCUCUUGUCCUGGUCUGCUGAGGACGGGGCUUUUGAUGCUUUUGUGAUCAAGAUUACCGAUGCAGAAACGGGCACUGAGUGGCAAAACCACACUGUGCCCGCUGAUGCUCGCAGCCUCACCAUCUCUGGGCUCUACCCCACCACCUGGUACAGAGCCAGUUUGUACGGGGUGUACAGGGGAGUCCCCUUAGACCCUGUCAUUGCAGAAACCAUCACAGAGUUCGAACCGGAGGUGCAGGCUCUCUCAGUCUCCGACGUCUCCCCUAACAGCUUUCAGUUGUCCUGGAUGGCCGAAGAGGACUCCUUUGACACCUUUGUCAUAAUGGUCAGCCAGGCCGAAGGCUUGGACCAACCACGAGAGCUGGUGCUGGGUGGUGAUGAGAGAACUGCAGUGAUGACAGAUCUCGAUGAGGAUACCGAGUACAAAGUAGAAAUCUUUGGGCUCAUUUUGGGAGGACGCUCCAAGUCUCUCUUGGAGGUGUUGAGAACAGACCUGGGCUCACCCAAGGGCAUUCGCUUCUCUGAUGUCACUGACACAUCUGCAACUGUUCACUGGGUGACUCCAAGAGCUCGAGUGGACAACUACCGGGUCACUUAUGUGCCUGCCUAUGGAGGCAACGCUAAGAUGCUGUCAGUGGAUGGCUCUGCAUCUCAGACUGUGCUGCCCAACCUGACACCUGGGGUCACUUACAAGGUCACCGUCAUCGCUGUCAAGGGUCAGAGGGAGAGUGAACCUGGAUCUGACAGUGUCACCACAGCUCUGGAUAAACCACGUGGUCUGAAUGCCGUCAACAUCACAGAUAGCGAAGCGUUGCUGCUCUGGCAGCCCGCCAUCGCUACUGUGGACGGCUAUGUCAUCACCUACAGCGCAGAUUCAGUGGCUCCAGUCAUGGAACGUGUGUCAGGAAAUGUGGUGGAGUUUGAGAUGAGCUCUCUGGCGCCGGCCACACACUACACUGUGAAGGUCUAUGCUGUGCGGGACCUGGCCAAGAGCGCAGCCACUACAACAGAGUUCACCACAGAUGUGGAUGCCCCCCAGGACUUGACAGCCAGUAACAUCCAGACAGAGAACGCCAUGCUGACGUGGAAGCCUCCUCGCGCUGACAUCACCGGGUACAUGCUCAGCUUUGAGUCUGCAGACCGCACCAUCCGGGAAGUGGUCCUGAGUCCUACUGCGGUGUCUUACAACAUGGCCCAGCUCAAAGCCUCCACUGAAUAUACAGUCAGCCUGCAGGCCCUCGCUGGACCCAAGAGAAGCAGAGUGAUCACUACUGUCUUCACCACCGCUGGCGUAUUGUACCGACACCCCAGGGACUGCUCCCAGGCCCUGCUGAAUGGAGACACCUCAUCAGGCAUGCACAACAUCUAUGUGGGUGGAGAUGAGAGCCAGCCCCUGCAAGUCUACUGUGACAUGAGCACUGAUGGAGGCGGAUGGAUCGUUUUCCUCCGACGUCAAAGUGGCAAACUGGAGUUCUUCCGCAACUGGAAGAAUUACACGGCCGGCUUUGGAGACAUGAAUGAUGAAUUCUGGCUGGGUCUGUCCAACCUGCAUAAGAUCACAGCCGGCGGUCAGUACGAGCUGCGAGUAGACCUCAGAGAUAAGGGAGAGACGGCCUACGCUCAGUAUGACAAGUUCUCAGUCGGUGAGCCUCGGACCCGCUACAAAGUCCAUGUAGGAGGAUACAGCGGUACAGCAGGCGACUCCAUGACCUACCACCACGGCCGUCCAUUCUCCACCUAUGACCAUGAUAACGACAUUGCUGUCACCAACUGCGCUCUGUCCUAUAAGGGAGCCUUCUGGUAUAAAAACUGCCACCGGGUCAACCUGAUGGGACGAUAUGGAGACAACAGUCACAGCAAGGGUGUGAACUGGUUCCACUGGAAAGGCCACGAGCACUCGAUCGAGUUCGCUGAGAUGAAGAUCCGGCCAUCCAACUUCAGAAACCUGGAGGGAAGGAGGAAACGAUCAUAAAUGAUAUAGAAAGCUCUGCCGCCGCCACUCCCACUCCCACCACCACCACCACCAACAACAACAACAACAACAACAACACUGCUACUACUCUGUCUGGACUCCCCAUAAACCACCUGGACUCCCAAACCCUCCUGCUCUGUAGCAACCAAAGCCACUGCCAAGAGCCCUGCUGUCCUCAGAUGAAA